AUGUCCCCGUGUCCCCGUGUCCCUGUGUCACUCUGUCCAGGUGUCCAUCCUCAUGUCCCCAUGUCCCCGUGUCCCUGUGUCCCUCUGUGCAGGUGUCCAUCCUCAUGUCCCCGUGUCCCUGUGUCCCUCUGUCCAGAUGUCCAUCCUCAUGUCCCCGUGUCCCCCCGUCCCUGUGUCACUCUGUCCAGGUGUCCCCAUCCUCAUGUCCCCGUGUCCCCGUGCCACCAGCAGUGACAAAGCACCCUCACGGCCCCAUCUGGAGCGCGCUCACAUCCCCGUGGUCCCCUCGGCCACCUCCUGCGGUGUCCCCUUGUCCCCGCCACCAUCACCCAGAGCCCCCCUGAGGGUUUUUUGGGGUGCUCCGGGCUCGGGGGGUCGCGGUGCCCAGGUGGGAUCUGCCCCUCCCAGCCCCACCCGUGCCCGCAGGUGCCCACCCAGGGCGGGGGCCACCAUGGGACCCCCAGCCCGCGUCCCCCUGGCGCUGCUGCUGCUGCUGGCGGCCGAGAGGAUGGCGAGGGGCACCUUCCCCGAGGAGCCCGGCCCCAUCGCCGUGGCACCCCCGGACUAUGUGAAGCACUACCCCGUGUUCGUGGGUCACGGCAGCGCCCGCCCGGGGGGCCCCGAGGUGGGGGGAACCCAACGCCUCAACAUCCAGCGCAUCCUCAAGGUCAACCGGACCCUCUUCAUCGGGGACAGGUCUGCACCCCGCACCCCAAAACCUGCACCCCACAUCACCCCUCAUUGCUGGAGCCMGCUGGGGGCACCCCAAGAUCUCCCCUGGGGAUGGGGACCUCACGUGUCACCCCAUGCCCGGGGGUGUCCUCACGUCCCCUCUGCCCCUCUCCAGAUGGACACGCUGGAGCCCGUCGGGGACAACAUCAGCGGCAUGGCCCGGUGUCCCUACGACCCCAAGCACGCCAACGUGGCCCUGUUCACAGGGGRGAUGCUCUUCACCGCCACCGUGACCGAUUUCCUGGCCAUCGACGCCGUCAUCUACCGCAGCCUCGGGGACAGCCCCACCCUGCGCACCGUCAAACACGAYUCCAAAUGGUUCAAAGAGCCCUACUUUGUGCACGCUGUGGAGUGGAAGAGCCACGUUUACUUUUUCUUCCGGGAGAUUGCCAUGGAGUUCAACUACCUGGAGAAGGUGGUGGUGUCACGGGUGGCCCGGGUGUGCAAGAACGACAUGGGRGGCUCGCAGAGGGUGCUGGAGAAGCAGUGGACGUCGUUCCUCAAAGCCCGGCUCAACUGCUCCGUGCCGGGCGAUUCCCAUUUCUAUUUUAACGUCAUCCAAGCGGUCACCGACAUCCUGGAGCUGGACGGGCGCCCCGUGGUCCUGGCCGUGUUCUCCACGCCCGCCAACAGGUCGGGAUG